GACACCGGUAAUAGUCAGCGGCGUGGAUUAUGACUAGAAGUAGCCCUACUUAACACAGCGAAAAAGAACUUACUACUCCACCUGACUUGACACCCUCUUAAAGCUGUAGCUUUACAUUUGUUUUAUUUUUAUAAGUCAUACUGUAGAUACUGCUAACGCUAGAAGACAGACGUAUCGCAGAAGAUGUCAGUGGUGGGAUUUGACUUGGGCUUUCAAAGCUGCUAUGUAGCUGUAGCCCGAGCCGGAGGGAUCGAGACAGUCGCUAACGAGUACAGCGACAGAUGCACACCGUCAUUUGUAUCAUUUGGACCACGAAAUCGAUCUAUAGGAGCAGCUGCAAAGAGCCAGGUGGUGACCAACUGUAAGAACACAGUGCAGGGCUUCAAGCGAUUCCAUGGCAGGAUGUUCUCAGACCCCUACAUCCAGUCAGCCAAGUCUAACUUGGUGUAUGAUCUGGCACAGAUGCCCUCUGGAUCCACUGGUAUUAAAGUGAUGUACAUGGAGGAGGAGAAAGUGUUCAGCAUUGAGCAGGUCACCGGCAUGCUGCUGACCAAACUGAAGGAGACUGCGGAAAGUGCACUGAAGAAACCGGUUGCAGACUGUGUCAUCUCUGUCCCAAGCUACUUCACUGAUGCAGAGCGGAGGUCUGUCAUGGAUGCAGCUCAGAUCGCAGGCCUCAACUGUCUACGACUAAUGAAUGAGACCACUGCAGUGACUCUGGCAUAUGGCAUCUACAAGCAGGACCUGCCAGCUCCAGAAGAGAAGCCCAGGAUAGUGGUGUUUGUGGAUCUGGGCCACUCCGGUUACCAGGUGUCAGUUUGUGCCUUCAACAAGGGAAAGCUUAAGCUCCUGGCUACAGCGUUUGAUUCAGAGCUCGGCGGGAAGGACUUUGACAACAUCCUGGUCAACCACUUCUGCGAGGAGUUUGGAAAGAAGUACAAGCUGGACGUCAAGUCGAAGCCCCGGGCGCUGGUGCGGCUCUACCAAGAGAGUGAGAAGCUCAAGAAGCUGAUGAGUGCAAACUCCUCCGACCUGCCUCUCAACAUCGAAUGCUUCAUGAACGACAUUGACGUUUCCGGCAAACUUAACAGAGGUCAGUUUGAGGAGAUGUGUGCGGGGCUGCUGGCCAAAGUAGAGGGUCCCCUGCGCAGCGUCAUGGAACAAGCCAAACUGAAAAAGGAAGAUGUCUAUGCAGUGGAGAUUGUCGGCGGUGCCUCCAGAAUCCCCGCCAUCAAGGAGAGAAUUAGCAAAUUCUUUGGCAAAGAGCUGAGCACCACUCUGAACGCAGACGAGGCUGUGGCCAGAGGCUGUGCCCUGCAGUGUGCUAUCUUGUCACCAGCAUUCAAAGUCAGAGAGUUCUCCAUUACAGAUGUUGUCCCCUACUCUAUCUCCCUAAAAUGGAAUUCAGCCGCAGAAGAAGGACUGAGUGAUUGUGAAGUUUUCCCAAAGAACCAUGCAGCUCCCUUCUCCAAAGUUUUGACCUUCUACCGGAAAGAGCCCUUCACCCUUGAUGCUUACUACAACAACCCCAAGGAGCUGCCCUACCCCAGCGACGCUAUAGGCCAGUUCCUGAUCCAGAAUGUGGUUCCUCAGGCGUCUGGGGAGAGUGCAAAGGUCAAGGUUAAAGUUCGGGUUAAUGUUCAUGGUGUGUUCAGUGUAUCAAGCGCGUCGCUGGUAGAAGUCGUAAAAACAGCUGAGGGGGAGGAGCCGAUGGAGACAGAACAGACAGCGAAAGAAGAGGAGAACAAAAUGCAGGUGGACCAGGAGGAUCAGAAACUUCAGGGCGGAGACAAUGGAGACAAGAAAUCAGAGACGGAGGAGAUGGAGACAACAACAGAGGACGCCAAGCAGGAGAAGAAGAACGACCAGCCCCCUCAGGCGAAGAAGCCCAAAGUGAAAACGAAGACAGUGGAGCUGCCCAUAGAGAACAAGUCGGACUGGCAGCUGUCCAGUGAAGUACUAAAUAUGUUUGUGGAGAAUGAGGGUAAGAUGAUCAUGCAGGAUAAGCUGGAGAAGGAGAGGAACGAUGCAAAGAACUAUGUAGAAGAGUACGUGUACGACAUGAGAGACAAACUGCACGGAGCCCUGGAGAAGUUUGUGAACGAAGCUGAUCGUGAUGCGUUCUCAUUAAAACUGGAGGACACGGAGAACUGGCUGUAUGAAGAUGGAGAGGACCAACAGAAACAAGUUUACAUUGACAAACUUGCUGAAUUGAAGAAAAUGGGCCAGCCUAUCCACGAGAGAUACAUGGAAGCUGAGGAGAGGCCAAAAGCCUUUGAGGAUCUUGGCAGACAAAUCCAGAUGUACAUGAAGAUCAUUGAAGCUUACAAGGCAAAGGAUGAACAGUACGAUCACCUGGAUGAGCUGGAGGUGACUCGGGUGGACAAGCAGGUGAACGAAGCCAUGGUCUGGAUGAACAGCAAAAUGAACCAGCAGAACAGUCAGGACCUCACCCUGGAUCCAGUGGUAAAAGUUGACGAGAUCAAGGCCAAGGCUAAGGAGCUUUAUACAGCCUGCAACCCUGUGGUGUCCAAACCCAAGCCCAAGGUUGAGCCUCCUAAGGAGGAGAAGACAGAGAACGGACCAGUCAAUGGACAGGAGGGAACAGAGAGCCAGCCGUGCAACCCAGACAAAGCCACACCUGCAGGGACGGAACAGGAAACAGCAGAGAGCAAGCUCCCUCAAAUGGACAUUGACUAACUGUUGCAGCUGCUGCCCCUGAGCUUCACCUCCGUCUGUCCUGCUACUCGCCCCGAUUCUGUUGUUCUUCUGAGAUUGUUAUUGAUGACACAGUAGCCUCUCUCUCUUGAGGACACAGACAGCAGCAUCCCUUAUCAGUACUGUUCAUCAGUCGGUCUCCUCGGCAUGUCAUUUCUCGUUUUCUUUGAUGAAUACAAAAAUAUUGCAUAAUAUUAAUAUUGAAUGGACUACUUUGACAUAAAAGUUGUAAGUGUGGGAUGGAAACUGCUUUCUCUGUGUUUCUUUGAUGGCCAUUAUGUUAAAGAUUGUUUUUAUUCAGCAGCUCCUGAGCACAUUUAAGCCAAGAAUGUCCGAUUUGAAGAACUGAAAGCAAAGUGGUUCUGUAGAGGAAAAGUAGUAAUAAACACAGGAUUCAUGAAAAUGUAAAAUAUUGCAGUAUGUCUAAAUAAGGUAUAGAUACAGUGGCACUUGUAAACGAACAUGGAUUGUUCCAAAUUGUACAUGACAAAUAGUGCAUUUUUUUCACUACAAAUAAUUGUAACUGCUGAAUUAUUAUGUAUUUAGUUUAAAAGGAAGGAUGGAGUAAUUGAGUUUAAUUGUACUGUAUGUUGAAACUAGAUACUACAAGUUACUGUCAUGCAGUAUUUCAUUGUUUGGCUUUUCUCAUUCAAAAGCAAUGGUCCGUCGGUUGUUCCCUGGUAGCCUUGUAUUGUUUUUUUUUCUACUUAACAGUGUGAAUGCUGGUCUAACAAAUCACCUUCUGGGUGCUGCUGUUGUUGCCACGUCACAAAAAAAAGCAAAAAUAAAUCUUCUCCA